AUGUAAUAUUGUUUUCAGGCAUGAAUGGAGGUCUCCGGGAAACUUGGUCACGACGACUCGACAUUAGUAUGUAUCCCGUGUGAUAGAGAUGCUGUAAAGGAACCAGCUUAUGGUUUUUGCCAGGACUGCCAGGAGCAUCUAUGUGAAACAUGCUACAAACAUCACAGACGUGCACGUCCAUUACGAAAUCAUGUCCUCAUUGACAAAGAAUCCAUGCCAAAGACCCGGGCAAUUGCAUCUUCAACAUCGGACGAUACGGUGGAUCAUUGCGAGAAACACCUUGAUAAACCAUUAGAAUUCUAUUGUAGAGAUCACAAACUGGUGGCUUGUUAUGUUUGUGUGACACUGGAACACAAACAGUGUAAGGUGAACUAUAUUCCUGAUGUUUCUGAAAACAUGUCUGAUGAGAUGACUGAUGUAUUAGAACAGUUGGAAUCGUUUAUUAAAAGAUGUAAAUCGAAGGUAGAAUAUGUUAAUAAAGCUGCGCGAAAUCUAGACCAGAGUCAUGCGAAAGUUGUUGAAGAUAUCAAAGUUUUCAGGAAAGAAAUAAAUGAAUGUUUGGAUAGAAUGGAAAACCAAAUAUUCAAAGAAGCUGACUUAAUGGUAAACAGUGAAAAAAGUAAAGAGGAAACCGUAUUAAAUGCUUGCUUAGAGAUAACUGAAGAACUUGAAUGUUCACAUUCGUUGUUAAUUGCAUUAAGAGAAGAAAACAAGCAAAACAAGCUUUUCAUUGAGAUGAAAAACGCCGAAAAACGUCUACCGAUAUUGACAGAUAAGGAAGUGCAAGUAUUAGAUGCAAAUACAACAAUCGAAUGUAUCCAAUUUACAAGGAACACGAGCCUCUUAGAUCGGCUGAAGAACGAGAUUGAAUUUGGAACAUUGUUAACAUGUGUACAACCGUCACCAGAUAAAACAUUAAACUUACAAUAUGAUCAUACACUAAACGUGAAGUUUAAAUCCGAUAAGAAACAAUGCCAUAUCUUGGGUAUAGCUAUGAUUGCUCCUAUGAAAAUAAUUGUUGCUGACAAUGCCAACAACAGUAUCAAAAUGAUAGACGUUGAGACAAAAUCAGUUAUAAUAGAGACAAUUUUGUCUUCACAGCCAUAUGAUGUUAUAGCUAUUCCAGGAAAUAAACUAGCUGUGACUUUAACAAAUGAAAAAUGUAUUCAGUUAUUGUCUCAUACUGAAGCAGAAUUUUCAUUAGAUCGACGUAUAGCUGUAGGAGAAAAUUGCAGUGGUGUAGCUUAUUGCCAGAAUAAGUUUGUUGUCUCUUGCAGGGCAUCAAAGAAAAUAAUUAUUAUCAAUGAUGAAGGAAAUAUUCUCAAUGUCCUUGGUUCUCCUGCUAUGUUUUAUGGACCAGUCAGAGUUUCGGUCCGCAAUGAUGAGACGUUCCUAUAUGUUUCGGAUACGGAUUUUGAAAACAAUAGCAAGGUUGUGAAAAUUGAUUGGGAAGGA